CCUUAUGCAGUAUCAUCAAAAGCCGGGCAUCAAACCUCAGCAGAAUCUUGGGGUACUGGACGUGCUGUUGCUCGUAUUCCUCGCGUUUCUGGUGGAGGUACUCAUCGUGCUGGACAGGGUGCUUUUGGUAACAUGUGUCGUGGUGGUCGCAUGUUUGCACCUACAAAAAUUUGGCGUAAAUGGUAUGUCAAAACUAAUCUUAACCAAAAGCGAUUCGCCACAGCAUCAGCUUUGGCAGCAUCAGCCAUUCCGUCUCUUGUAUUGGCGCGAGGUCAUAGAAUUGAAGAAAUUCAAGAAAUACCACUCGUUAUUGGAAACGGUAUUGAGUCUUUAGCCAAAACCAAAGCGGCUGUUAGUCUUUUAAAGGCUGUUCAUGCUUAUAGGGAUGUAGUUAAAGUUUCUAAUUCUCGUAAAUUACGAGCUGGUAAAG